AAAAUAAAAUUUGAUAGUGACUAGUUGGACACCUAACACUAGUUGCCCCUUGCUGUGUUAUAGUUACUAAAUAGUCUACUAGUGUAGCCUUUAUAUAUAUGGACUAAAUCGACAGAUUCCACACAUUUUCAGCUAUGGCUUCCUUGAUCGAAUCUGCCUGGACGUAUCUUAUUACAAAUUUCAGCGAUUUCCAGUUGACUUGUCUUGGAGGUUUCAUUGUUCAUGAGAGUGUCUUCUUCCUGUCUGGACUCCCUUUCAUUCUUUUUGAAAGGGCAGGGUGGUUUGGCAAGUACAAAAUUCAGAAGAAGAAUAACACCCCGGAAGCUCAGACGAAAUGUAUUACUCGUCUGGUGAUGUAUCAUUUGUGUGUGAAUCUUCCAAUUCUGCUUGUAACAUAUCCUGUAUUUAAAUUCAUGGGGACGCGAUCUACUCUUCCAUUGCCGUCCUGGAAAGUGGUUGCAACGCAAAUAUUAUUCUAUUUCAUCAUAGAGGAUUUUGUAUUUUAUUGGGGUCACAGGAUUUUACAUACCAAAUGGCUCUACAAGCAUGUCCACAGUGUCCAUCAUGAGUACGCAACACCAUUUGGGUUGACUUCCGAGUAUGCUCACCCUGCUGAAAUUCUCUUCCUCGGUGCUGCUACAAUAGUUGGUCCUGCACUCACGGGGCCGCAUUUGAUAACAAUAUACCUAUGGGUCUCACUUAGAAUCCUUGAGACAGUUGAGGCACAUUCUGGAUACCAUUUCCCCUGGAGCCCGUCAAACUUCUUGCCAUUAUAUGGAGGGUCUGAUUUUCAUGAUUACCAUCAUCGACUGCUCUACACAAAGUCCGGCAACUACUCAUCGACAUUUGUUUACAUGGACUGGAUAUUUGGUACUGAUAAGGGUUACAGAAAAUUGAAGUCGCUGAAGGAGAGCGAACGUGAAGCUGAAGGCAAAGUAAUGUAAAACAAGGUGGAAAGUAGGGGAAUAAGACUAUGAUGCCUGCUUGGGUAUCACACAAUGGGUUUCCAGCAGAUCAGCAUACAACUAUAGCCCAAGGUUCAGAUUGUUGUACCUAAUCACCUUGUGCGCUUCUUGUAUUCAUCAGUGGUUUCUGGAGAACAUUUUAUGUUUAGGUGGAUCACUUAAAAGCUUGUACUGGAGAACCUUUUUUUUUUUUCCCUGUAAACACCUCCCUUUUUUUUUU